UGAUUUCUGGCCGCCCCCCUUGAACAUGGCGGCGGAGCUGCACCCGCGGAGCGGAAAGCUGAUCGGCCUCUCCAACUCGAACCGAACCGCCCGGCGAAACCAGCCGGUCCAGGAGUUCAACCACGGACUCGUGCUCAGCAAGGAGCCGCUGAGGGACCGGGAUGUCUUCACCGUCCGGAUCGACAAGAAGGUGAACUCGUGGAGCGGUUCCAUCGAGAUCGGGGUGACGGCUCUGGACCCCGCCGCGCUGGACUUCCCCAGCAGCGCCACGGGCCUGAAGGGCGGCUCCUGGAUCGUGUCGGGCUGCUCAGUGCUCCGCGACGGCCGCUCCGUCCUGGAGGAGUACGGCCGGGACCUGGACCAGCUGGUGGAGGGCGACCGCGUGGGCAUCCAGCGCAGCUCCCGGGGAGAGCUCCACCUCUGGGUGAACGGGCAGGACUGCGGCGCGGCCGCCAGCGGCCUGCCGCCCAAGCUGUGGGCGGUGGUGGACCUGUACGGGAAGUGCACCCAGGUGACGGUGGUGAGCUGCGAGCCGCCUCCCACGGAGAUGGAGAGAGAGACGAUAGAGCGAGACGAGGAGGAGAAGGAGGAGGAGGAGGAGGAGUUGGUGGUGUGUGGUGCUCGGGAGGAUGGGGGGAUUGCAGCACUGAUGAAUGUGGCCGCACUGAAUGGAGUGAUGAACGGAGAUGAAGUGCCUGAGCUGACCUGCAGCCACAACCGACCAGACAAGUUCCCCAACAACCUGGAGGCCGACACAGUUCUCACGGAGCACCAGCUCUUCGAUGUCUUCAACAAUGCAAUAGUAUCGUUUUAUCGCUCUGAAGACGAGGGCGGAGGGGGAGAGGGUGGAGGAGGGACAGGAGGAGGAGGAGGUGUCGAGGGAGGAGGAGGAGGAGGAAGCACAGGAUCCGACUCCUCUUCCAGAGGCGACAGAGGGAGCAGCGGUGGAGGAGUCACCUUACACAGCGACAGCGGGGGAGCAGCAGGAGGAGCGGGGGAUGGGAGUUCAAACAGCCCCGCCGGGAACGGAGGGGCGGGGCUUGGAGCCGUGAUGGGGAUGACCACCAACGACGCGCUGCUGUUCCACGAGAAGUGCGGCACCCUGAUCAAACUGAGCAACAACAACAAAACGGCGGAGAGGCGGAGACCGCUGGACGAGUUCAACAACGGCGUGGUGAUGACCAACCGGCCGCUGCGACACAACGAGAUGUUCGAGAUCCGCAUUGAUAAGCUGGUGGACAAAUGGUCGGGGUCGAUCGAGAUCGGUGUGACCACGCACAACCCCAACAACCUGGACUAUCCCGCAACUAUGACCAAUCUGCGCUCAGGUACAAUCAUGAUGAGUGGCUGUGGGAUUUUGACCAACGGGAAAGGAACCCGCAGAGAAUACUGUGAAUUCAGCCUAGACGAACUCCAGGAGGGCGAUCACAUAGGAUUGAUGCGUAAAGCCAGCGGCGCGCUGCAUUUCUACAUAAACGGCAUCGAUCAAGGUGUGGCUGCAGCUCAGACUCCCGCUGUGGUCUAUGGAGUGGUGGACCUCUACGGCAUGGCGGUCAAAGUCACUAUAGUCCACAAUCACAACCACAGCGACCGCCUGAGGCGCAACAACGCCAUCAUGCGGGCUCUGUCCCCCGACGUGGGCCGACCCCGGCCCACCCUGUCGCUCACUCCGGACACGGAGGCGCCCGACCGCCUCCUCUUUCACUCCAACUGCGGUCAGAAGGCCGCCAUCAUCUGUGAGGGCCGGACCGCGUUACGGCCGCAUGCCACUGACGACUUUAACCACGGCGUGGUUCUGAGCAGUCGGCCGCUGCGCUCCAACGAGGUCUUCCAGGUGCGCAUUGACAAAAUGGUCGACAAGUGGGCGGGCUCUAUUGAAAUCGGAGUCACAACGCACAACCCCGCCUACCUGCAGCUGCCCUCCACCAUGACCAACUUACGCUCAGGGACGUGGAUGAUGACGGGGAACGGCGUGAUGCACAACGGGACGACCAUUUUAGACGAAUAUGGGCACAACCUGGAUCGACUCAAAGCAGGUGACACUGUCGGGGUUGUACGGAAAGAAGACGGCAGCCUCCAUUUUUUUGUUAAUGGUGUGGCCCAAGGCCCCGCCGCCUGGAAUGUGCCGCCCAGCGUCUACGCCGUGGUCGACCUCUACGGCCAGGCGGCGCAGGCCACCAUCAUGGACGACAUGGACCUCCCCCCUCUCCCGGAGGACAGCUCCGAGGGCCCCACUGCCAUGUCCCCUGGCAGUCCCUGCUCUGUAGCUGGAGCCACAGCAACCAGCGACCUGCGCUUCCACCACCUACACGGCACCAACGCCGUCAUCACCAAUGGGGGGCGCACCGCCCUGCGUCAGAACUGCCGCAGCGAGUUCAACGACGCGAUUGUUAUUUCCAACAGGUGCCUUCGAGAUGGAGAGCUGUUUGAAAUCGUCAUCCAGAAGAUGGUAGAUCGCUGGUCGGGUUCAAUAGAAGCAGGAGUGACAGCUAUCCGGCCAGAGGAGCUGGAGUUUCCAAACACUAUGACUGAUAUUGAUUAUGAUACUUGGAUGUUGAGUGGAACAGCCAUCAUGCAGGACGGAAACACAAUGCGCAACAAUUAUGGAUGUGAUUUGGACUCCUUAACCACCGGCUCAAGGAUAGGCAUGAUGCGUUCGUCCAGCGGCAACCUCCAUUAUUACAUAAACGGCGUCGAUCAGGGAGUGGCCUGCUCCGGUCUGCCUCCAGGUAAACAACCACAUGACUUUCUGAUCCUUGAACCGAAGCCUGCGACGGUCUGGCUGAACCACGGUCUUUCUGUCCCAGAGGUGUACGCCGUGAUCGACCUAUACGGUCAGUGCGUUCAAGUGUCCAUCACCAGCUCCUCCGGCCCGCUGGACAACAGCCUGUGUACCAGCAACGUCACGGAGAAGAGCUUCCCCAUCCACUCUCCAGUAGCGGGCGUCGCCCAUCGGCUGCACAGUAAACACGGGAAAAACGUGGUGCUGCUCGGCGAGGGCUGCCAGGCCGUCAGAGUGGGCGGAUACUCCCACGGAAUUGUGUUCAGCGGGAAGGAGCUCAAAACCGACGAGUUAUUUGAGGUCAGGAUUGAUGAGGUGGAUGAGCAAUGGUGCGGUUCGCUGCACAUCGGUCUGACAACGCUGGCCCCUCCGGAGCUGCCGUCCUGCCCGCUGUCGGGUCUCUCCCCUUCCCUCCCCCAGCUCCGCACCAAGGUCACCUGGCUGCUUUACGGAUCCGAGGUCCGUCGCAACGGCGUCCUGCAGCGCCAGAACUAUUGCUACUCGCUCGACCGGUUGAUGGUCGGGAACCGUGUGGGCGUGAAGAGAUGCAACGACGACACCAUGCACAUCUUCAUCGAUGGAGAGGACAUGGGUCCUGCUGCUACCGCAGUAGCCAAGAAUGUGUACGCGGUGUUGGACUUGUAUGGGCGCAUUACGGCGAUUUCCAUCGUCAGUUCGUCGCUGGUGGAGGACACGGAAAGCGUAAAGGCGCCCUCGCUUUCUUCAGACAGCUGCAGCGAAGGGGAGGAGGACAGCACUCCUGUCAGAGAGGUGGAGAGGGAGUCGUGCACUCUGGCGCCCACAAUCAUGGCCUUCCUGGAGAAUCACGGCAAAAACAUCCAACUUUCCAAUCAGAACCUGACAGCAGCCCGAGUAUCCAGCUACAACCAGGGGCUGCUGGUCACCGCCCAGCCGCUGGCUCGUCAGCUGCUGUUCCAGUUUCAGAUCGACCGCCUGAAUCCUUCGUGGACGUCAUCGCUGUCGUUGGGGGUGAUCGGCCACUCCCCGGACAGACUCAACUUCCCCUCCACGGCGUGCUGUCUGAAACGCUCCGCCUGGCUGCUGCAGCGAGACUCCGUCUUCCACAACUCGCUGAAGAUAUGUGAGAACUACGGUCCAAACCUUGAUACUUGUCCGGAGGGGACGGUGUUGGGUCUGCUGGUGGAUGCCAACAGCUGCCUCCACCUCUACGUCAACGGCAUGGACCAGGGCGUCGCCGCGCAGGAUAUCCCCUCCCCCUGCUACCCCUUCAUCGACCUCUACGGCCAGUGUGAGCAGGUUACCAUAGUAACGAACAGCGUGUCGGCUGUGGGUGCGGAAAGCGGAGAGACUCGCUGUCAGGGCGAUAUGGAAAAGGCAGAUAUGGUUGACGGAAUCAAAGAGAGCGUGUGCUGGACACCCCCUCCAGAGGUCAACCCCAACAAGACCUGCGAGUACCAGGCACUGUGCUCCCGAUUCAAGGACCUGCUGACGUUACCAGACAGUUACUUCAGCGAAGACGCAAAGUACAACCUGUGCUACUGCGAGUCCUGCCACAAGCUCCGAGGCGAUGAGGCGUACUACAAAAGAGGAGAGCCGCCCCGGGAUUACGCCCUGCCGUUCGGAUGGUGUCGCUUCGCUCUCAGGAUAAAGUCCCACUGUGACGUUUCUAAUGCACUCAAGAAGUGGCACAUCGCAUAUCACGGCACCAGCGUGGGGGCCCUGCGGCGCACACUGGACCACAACCAGCUGCUGCCCGGGACGUCGUCCGUGUUCUCGGUGUCUCCGGCGAAGGCGGAGGGGCCCAACGACUACGGCGAGCCAGAGGAGAACAGCGCCCCGGGCCGGGAGGUACCCAGAGUACGGCUUUCGCCCACCAUGCGCUACUCCGGUUUGGAGAUCUUCGCUCCUAAAGUGCAAUUUCGGGACCCCCGUUCUCACUGCUGUCACCAGGCCCAAGUGGGGUUCCAGGUGUGCGUGCGUCCGGGUUCCUACAAGGUGGGACCUCAGUCGCUCGGCAACAGCGAGCCCCUGGACCCUCGCUUCAGUAACUCAGAGAUAGAGUGGAUCACAAAGGAACAGGGCGGCACGCUCCUCUACGGGUUGCUCAUCAGGAUCGAGUGAACCGGCGGGAUUUGGGUGGCGGUCCACUCGGCCCCUCCAGGAACUUUUAAUAGACUGAAAACCAAAUCCAACCCAUGCCUUGAGGGAGAGACUCACCUGGAAUCCAGCUGGGCCCGUUUAUGGAUUGUUGACAAUUUAGCGUUUUUUUUUUUGUUUUUUUUUAUGUGGUCGUUCUCGGAUUCUUGCUACGGCCGGGAGCUACAGCGGUUUCAAAGAACACACACACAAACACACACACACACUGCCUGCACUUUAUGUUUUGGACAUUCAUGGGAGUCCCCCCUCCUUUAGAGCUACUUUUUGGUUCUCAAUACCCCCAUCCAGCCCCUUUUCACCUCCAAAUGUUUAUUUUAUCUUUAUUUUUUUAAAUGUUUAGCACUUCCUCCAACACUCGCCACCUCUGCUUCGGUCAGUGUUUGUUUCAUGGUCAGAUAAGCUAUCACACCCGUCUGCACGUUACCCAACUUACACUUGAAAUGACUCAAAUGUGGCUUAAAUGGAGGGGGAGGGGUGAUGUUUAAUGAUGAAGAAAAAAGACAAAUCUUAAAUGAACCUUAAAGUGUUCUGAUUGUGACUUUUAGGGGGGGCGGGGCUUUUAAAACUGGAGUGGAAAAGAGAUGUUUACACGCAUAGCACUGUAUUCUGCUGUUGUCAUGCCUCCACAUUAGCGGUCAGCCUCACUCGUCAGACGGAAAAUCUUUGAGCUUUAAUAAUCGAGGCUAAACUGGAGUAAAUGCUGUUUUUUUCUUCUUCUUUUUAAUAAACAUGGAAAUGAAUUUUUGGGGAAUUUAACAUUUCAACUAAAGGAUCUUUUAGAGUGACACAAUUAUCCAUCUAAAAAAAUCAAAACGUUUUUGCAAUAGUAGUGUAUAUAAAUUUCCUUUUUUUUUUUUAAGAAACUAUUCGGUAACCGACACAGGUGAAGGAUUUUGCACGUUUAAAAAUAAAAAAAAAUACUUUGAAGAAAUUAAAGUUUCCAGUUUACGUGAAAUUUAGCAGUUGCGAAGUUAGCAUCAAGGACGACUAGUAAUAAUAUUUUUUUACUUUAAAUUUGUAGUUUACAUUUAUUCCUCUUUCGCUUUUGUUGAAACAAAAAAGCGACUAAAUAGAAGUAAACAUUUUGAACUAAUUUGAACAGACACCUGCUUAGAUGUUAGCAGUACAGGUUGCCUAGCAACCAAAUUUCCCAAACUACGACCAUUAAAAAGUACUUAAAAUGACCCGUUUAAACGACUACUCUUUAAUUUUUGUUAACUAAAAAAAAAAAUUAAAAAUAAAUAAAUAAAUACACGUUUAAUUGGCUAUACGACAACCAAUUUAUGCUAGCCGGUUAGCAUUUUUUAUGCUAACUUUUUUAAAGCACAUUAGCCAAAAAUAUUAGUGUAUUAUUUAAAUGUGUGCAAAUACACAAAUGCAAAAUAAAUAAAAGAUUUUAAUUAUCCCAAAAUGUAGCAAACGUCAUCGUUUAGACUCCGCCCACUCUGCUACCCGGCUAACAGGUUCCUGGGAAAAGUUUGCAGCUAGCGCGGGUGUUUACAUGUGAAUGUUUUCAAUCAUAGCUCCUUUCGGUUUUUUUUUUACGUUUAUUCCAGAUGUCAAUAGAAUAACAGCUUUGCUUUCCUUCCUAAAACAUUUGCAGUGAUUGUACGCCAACAGCUAUCCGUUCAGUCGACGAGCUAAAUCUGCCAAUUCCUACACGUUUCAGGCACAUUUCUGACGAGACAAGUUCAGAGGAUGAUUCACCUUCUCGGAGCAGCUGAUCUGACUAAUGGGAGAUCAUUGAUUUUUAGCGAAGGCAAAAAAAAAAUGUAAAAAACUUCCAGUCAACAAAUGUGAAAUAUGUUAUUACAUUGGUUAUUUACAGCUCAGUGCUGCUUUGUACACUUUUGUUUUCUGUAUGUUGCAUUGUAUAGGCUGUUACAUAACAAAUCAUAUCUUCCUGAUUUAUAAAAAAAUAAAGUGACAUUAUGCACAAAGUUUGUGUAUUUACACUAAAGAGAUCA